ACGCGCUCCCGUGGAGGACGCUGGAAUAGCGAGCCGCUGCUCCCCGGAACAGCAAUCCGCGGAGCUGCUUCCCUCCGCUCCCGGCUCCGGGCUGUCCCCAGGCCGGCGGGCGGGUGGCUCGGGCCCCCCAGGUAAGGUGCCCCACCUCGGCUGUUCGCUGCCCCAGGCCGGCUCCGCGGGAUGCUCGGGAUGACCGCACCGUCCUCCUCUGCCCCGCCGGCAGCCGAUCGGCCAGUUCGCACAGCGUCUGCUCGGUCCCGAGGCAGCUGCUUCACCUUCAAGCCUGCGAGCGAUGUUUCGGCAGUGGAGGAGAUGGGCUAAUUUCCAAAAGCCUGCAGGACAUCCUGACUCCCAGUCGUGUCAACGGAAGCAGGACCAGCCCUUCCUGAGUGCCGGACCCAGAGGAGCCUGGGCCAUGGCACAUCUCUGGACUACAUCCCUACUUCCCUCCUGCGUUCCUUCUAUCCUGGCUGCUUUUCCUCUGAUGGCUCCAUGAUUUCCCAGGAGCUGAGGGCCCCCCGUGUCCCCCCGCUGUGCUUCAGGACGAGGGCUCCGUGGCUGCUGCAGCAUGGUCCAAGCCUGCUUGGUGUGCUCCAGAGUUCAUAGGGGCAGCCUGGCAGCCCAGGCAGCUGCAGCAGACAUGGACAAGCCAGACAAGCCCAGUCCCUCUGCCAAGAAGCACGUGCGCCUCCAGGAGAGGAGGGGCUCCAAUGUGUCACUAGUGCUGGACAUGAGCUCUCUAGGGAACGUGGAGCCCAUCCAGCCUGUCUGCACACCACGGGACAUCACGCUGAAGUUUCUGAGGACAUCCAGCCACGUGCUGAGGAAACAGGAGCUCCAGCAGCACGCCCAGAGCCUGGCACAGCUCCAGGAGGAGUUUUCGAAAAUCCCACCCAACUUCGUGAGUCCGGAGGAGCUGGAAAUCCCUGGACGUGCCUUCAAGGACAGAUACAAAACCAUUCUCCCCAAUCCUGAGAGCCGGGUCUGCCUCAGGAGGGCCAGGAACCAGGAGGAAGAGAGCUACAUAAAUGCCAACUACAUCACGGGCUACGCGGGGCGGCCCCGGGAGUACAUUGCCACGCAGGGACCCUUGCUGAACACCGUGACCGACUUCUGGGAGAUGGUGUGGCAGGAGGAGGCGCCUCUCAUCGUCAUGAUCACCGAGCUCCAGGAGCGCAAGGAGAAAUGCGUCCACUACUGGCCCGAGAAGGAGGGCACCUAUGGCCCCUUCACCAUCCGUGUGCAGGCAGUGAGCGAGUCUGUGGAGUACGUGGUCCGGGAGCUCUCCAUCCAGCUUGAAAAGGAACGCCGCAAGGUCAAACACAUCCUCUUCCCUUCCUGGCCGGACCAGCAAACACCUGAGUCAGCCAAGCCCCUGCUGCACCUGGUGUCCAAGGUGGAGGAGACUCUGCAGACUGCAGCCAGCCCAGGGCCCAUCGUGGUGCACUGCAGCGCAGGCAUUGGCCGCACCGGCUGCUUCAUCGCCACCAGGAUCGGGUGCCAGCAGCUGAAGGACAAAGGGGAGGUGGAUAUCCUUGGAAUCGUGUGCCGUCUCCGCAUAGACAGAGGUGGGAUGAUCCAGACGAGCGAGCAGUACCAGUUCCUCCAUCACACACUAGCUCUCUACGCUUCCCAGCUGCCAGAGGGGGAAGGCCGCUAGUGCAGGGCUCCCACCGGGCUUCUGGCUCUCUGCUCUGACCUCUCCUGCACCAGCCUCGGGGGACACCUUCACCAAAACCUCUCCUGAUGCUGCCAGGCCACAGAGCAGCAGCACAAACGUCCCUCAGGAUGAGUACAGCUGAGUGAACCCACGGGGACGGUGGCUUUGGACCCUGGGGAUGAGCAAGGUGUGGUGGUGUGGUGGGUGCUCGAGGUGGCCACUGCUGCCGGCUCGAGGCAGAUUUCACCCAUAGAAAGAAGCUUUGGCUUUUGAGAGGUGCAAGAUCCUGAAGCAGAAGAGCAAGCUGUGCAGAGGAACUGCAGCUGGCAAGCGCCGGGAGCACGGUUUGCCUUUCGGCUGCACUCAAAUGUUCACCCCGUGAGACGCAGCGCUGGUAGAACUACCCCGAAAUAAACGGAGCCUCUGUCCUG